AUGAUAUAUUUGCUGAGCAAAUCAAAUCUUUUACAUAAUGUCUCGAAUACCAAGCAUCAAAGCGUGUCUUUGGAUCAAUAUGUAGAUGAAAAAAAAACAGAUGCUGGAUCUGAAUUCAAUGAAACAAAUCAAGACGAAGGAGAAGAAGAAGAAGAAAAAGAUUUCACAAAGGCAUUAGAUUGUGAUGGACAUCAACCCAAAUCAGAUCAUAUUUUAACUGUUGAAAUUAACAAUCAUCAAAUUCAUUUAAAAGCAUUAUCUGGUGAUAGUCUAUGGAAUUGUUCACAAUUUUUAAUUAUCAAAUUGAAAUGUUCUAUAUAUACUGGUUAUUUUCGUGAUAUAAUUGAUUCAUUGACUGAUUGCUCAAGUCAUGAUUUAGAUUUAUCACAAUUUGUUCUAAAUCCAGCUGAAAAAGCGGCAGCAAAAUAUGCCUUAAUUGCUGUUUGUAAUCAUAUCAGAAGUCUAAGUGAAGAACAUUAUACAACACAUGAAAAAAAUUCUAUUGACCAAAAAUGGGAUACAUUUGAUGAUUCAAAAGUAUUAGAUGUUGAUGAAGAUAAUGUUAUUAGUACUGCAGCUUAUAGACUUGUUUAUCAACAACAACAAUAA